GUUUCUUGGUUCUUGGCAUACAAAACUUCUUCUUCUGAUGGUGGUUUCUCCUUUCCAUUUAUCUGCAACCGCAUAGUAUCAUUCAACAAACCUACAAAUUUCUUGAUUUUCUCCUGAAAAUCUCAAGAAACUUUUGAAGGGUUUGAUAUAUUAACAUUGCGUAUUUGCAGAUAAGUUUUCUCAUUUUUCCAUCAUAUUAUCAUAAUCUUCUCAUUGUUUCUUAGAGGAAAGAGGCUCGAAAGAAUCAAGUUUAUAUCCUGACCUUCGUUUCUGUAUAACUCUUGAAAUAUUUGGGAUUUACAGGAAGAAGAUUCUGUAUUUUGCUUUGGAUUCUUCUUUUUUUUUUUCAUUUCUUGGUGGUUUGGUUAGAAAUUUUCUGGGAUUCUGGUGAACUUUUAUAUCUGGGCUUUUUGAGUAAGGUUUGGAUCAAUUUUUAGUUAUUAUUGUUGCUUUUUGGGAUGUGCAUUGGGGUAGAUCGUGCUGGUUUUGGUUUUUGGAUUGUGGAUUAGCUUGAAUUUGAUUUGUAAAGUUCUAUAUUUUUCUCCGAUUUAUUGGAUUGAUAUACUUGUUGAGUGUGGUAUUUGGAUCUAAUUAUUAGGCCUAGUAAUAGGUUGAAGGCGAUAGCAUAGAAGUUGGUUGUUUGAGAUCAAGUUUUUGGUAGUUUAUUGAUAUCUUGGUAUGAGCAUGGGGAGACAAACUGGGAAGGAGAAGACCAACUAUGGAGAUAAAUGGCGUGAGCUGAAUUUGAAACAAAUCAGAGCCAGCGGAAAUAGCCUGCAUGCUCAUGAUCAUGACACGGCCAUGUUCAUCUCAAUGUCCCAAGAACUGAAGGAAGAGGGUAAUAGGUUGUUUCAAAGGAGGGACUACGAAGGUGCCUUGUUGAAGUACGAUAAAUCCAUAAAAUUACUUCCAAGGAACCAUGUAGAUAUAGCAUAUGUGAGGAGUAAUAUGGCUGAAUGUUACAUGCAGUUGGGUAUACACGAGUAUCCAAGUGCAAUCAACGAGUGUAAUUUGGCCCUUGAAGUCUCGCCGAAAUACAGUAAAGCUCUCUUGAAAAGAGCUAGAUGUUAUGAGGCGUUGAAGAGGCUUGAUUUUGCGCUUAGAGACGUCAGACUAGUACUGAAGAUGGAACCGAAUAAUCUCAUGGCGACUGAAAUAGAGCAAAGGUUGAAGAAAACGUACGAGAGACUAGGCUCCAGGUUUAGUGAGAUUUCUGUGGAUUUGGUUCCAUUGCCCGACUACGUAGAGCCAGUUGUUUCACCUAAAAGCAAAGGAACCAAGGACAUGGGAAAGAAAAAGAGAAGCAUAAGCCUAUUUGAUGGGAGGACAGGGGGAUAUUACGAAGGGACAGGAAGUUAUGUGAAUGAAAUGAAAGGAAAGCCGGCAGAACUAAAAACUGGUGCUGGAGUUGGGAUGAGGAUGUUUCAUGAUGUGAUUGAGGAAAAGAACACUGAAGACAAAUUGGUGGUAGAGGAAGAAAAAGUUAGUAAUGGUACUGCCGAAGAGCCAAAAAGAACGGUGAAAUUAGUGUUUGGAGAAGACAUAAGGUGGGCACAGGUUCCUGUUAACUGCGAUGUUUUGAAACUGAGGGAAGUCAUAUUUGCUCGGUUUCCAAACUCAAAAGCCGUUCUUGUUAAGUAUAAGGAUCGAGAAGGUGAUUUGGUCACAAUCACGACAACUGAAGAACUGAGGUGGGCUGAAGCAUCUACAGAACUUGGUUCUGUCAAGCUGUAUGUUUUUGAAGUUAGCCCAGAGCAAGAUCCACUCUUCCCAAAGGUUAAAAAGAACAGGCUUGACACGAGACAUGUUACUGAAAAUGAAAAUGUCGACAGAGGAAAGGAAAUACAGUGUGAACCGACUUGUAUCAAUGAUUGGAUCAUUCAUUUUGCUAAAGUUUUCAAGAACUACGUGGGGUUUGACAUCGAUGCUUAUAUAGAUCUCCGUGAAGUGGGAAUGAAACUCUAUUUGGAAGCUAUGGAAGAGACGGUCACUAGUGAAGAGGCUCAAGACCUUUUUGGUAUUGCUGCUGAUAAGUUCCAGGAACUGGCAGCUUUAGCUUUGUUUGAUUGGGGGAAUGUUCACAUCUCAAGGGCAAGAAAACGGGUGUAUUUUACGGAAGAUUCUUCUCGAGAAUCUGUGCUUGAACAAAUCAAAUGUUCUUAUGACUGGGCGCAGAAAGAGUUCACUAAAGCAGGACAAAGAUAUGAAGAGGCUCUAAGAAUGAAGUCAAAUUUCUAUGAAGCAGUUGUAGCUCUUGGACAGCAACAGUUUGAACGGGCAAAACUCUCUUGGUAUUACGCAAUUGGCACUGGGGUUGAUCUUGAAUCAUGGCCUUCAGGAGAAGUUCUUAUGCUUUACAACAGUGCAGAGGAAAACAUGGAAAGGGGAAUUCAAAUGUGGGAAGAUCUAGAAGAGCACCGUCUUAGUCAGCUAUCCCAGCCAAAUAGAAUUGAAAUUCUACUGCAGAAAAUGAAACUCGAUAACUUGUUCAAAGACAUAUCUGUAGAUGAAGCCGAAGAACAGGCAACAAAUAUUCGGUCUCAGAUAUAUGUACUAUGGGGUACUAUGCUGUAUGAAAGAUCUGUAAUGGAAUUCAAACUAGGACUUCCUGUGUGGCAAGAAUGUUUGGAGGUCGCUGUCGAAAAAUUUGAACUUGCUGGAGCUUCUGAAACUGAUAUUGCUGUUAUGAUAAAGAAUCAUUGUUCCAAUAACACGGGAUUGGAAGGUUUAGGAUUCAAUAUCGAUGAGAUUGUACAGGCGUGGAACGAGAUGUAUGAAGCAAAAAAGUGGGAAGGACACAUUUCUUCUUUCCGUUUGGAACCACUACUUCGCAGACGAGUUUCAAAAAUUUAUUAUGCCCUCCAGCGUGUAUAAAUGCUUUAUGUUUUAUGCAUUACAGAGGGAACAAAAGUACUGAAUGGAGGUUCCAACUUAUGUCGCAAGCUUCUGUGCUUAUUGCAUCCUUGGAGAAAUUCAGUGUUACAAUCAACUUCCGGUGACCGUGAUGAAAAUGUUCAUUCGGCGGGUGUGGCAGCCUGCACGUUACCUAACGACAGUGGGAACGCAAUCAGCCAUACGGCCCUUCCAGUUUUUCAGUUCUGGGGGACCAAGUUGGAGUUGCAGAAAAUCAUUUUUGAUAAUUUCUGCUUCAUUGUUAUCACCUUCUCUUGGUAGUUUAUUUAUUUAUAUAUAUCUAUAUGUAAGAGCAUUCAUUAAGAUUGAUUUUGUGAUAUUAUAGCCUUUUGUUUUAUGUUUCUCUUUAGGAAGUUUUUUCUUUGUGAAGCUUAAAAGCUGUAAUUUCUUUUGUUGUCUGUUUCAAUGU